GUUCUAAUUUAUUUUAAGCAACCACACCCGCUUUGAUAUAAACAUGGGUUGCUGUUUUAAUUAUAAAUUGGUACUCAAUCUAUGUAACUUUCUGUUUUUGAUAUGUGGCUUGCUGCUGAUUGCAUCAGGCUUGUAUAUCUUUUCGGAUAACAAGCGCAUUCUGCUCUCAAGACUUUUGGCUGCCUCCAGCGAUCGGUUGAGCUCACUUCCCCAGCCCUUGCUGUUCUAUAUAGCCCUGGGCGUGGCCAUUGCCGGAUUUGUGGCCACUCUGGCUGCGGUCGUGGGUUUCUGGGCCAGCUGUCUACACACCUACUGCUUCCUGACCAUAUAUUUCCUGAGCGUUGUGAUGCUGCUUCUGACCGAAUCGGUUUUGUGCCUGGCCAUUACAUUGUGGCCCCAUUGCCUGGGAAUUAGCCUGGACGAGAGUCAAAUGGUGCGAUCCUUGCAGGUCAACUAUGGAGUUCCUGGACAGGAACAGUUCACCAAUGCCAUGGACUUGGCACAGGCACGUUUCGGCUGCUGCGGGAUGAAGAGUUCCCUGGACUACGACACAUCGUUGUGGCGUUUGCAGGGCUAUGGACAAAGAAAUUGGCCGGUUCCUCUCAGCUGUUGUGUGCUGGAAAAUUCGGAACACCCCUUAUCGUUUCUGGAUCCCAAACCGGCCAACGAGUCCAUGUGCCAGUCUCUAGAGCGAUUAUCCUACGAAAGGGAGCGCAACACAGAGUCCUGUCUUCCCCAUCUGGACAACUGGUAUCGGGAACAGUAUAGCGUCUUCCUUGGUGGCAGUCUAAUUUUGGCCCUCAUUGAGUUCAGUGUCCUGCUGGCAAUUAUCAUGAGCUGCACUGGUCUGGCCUCAAAACGGGCCAGACUCAAGAAACCCACUCAGGAAAGGAAAGGCCAAAAGGUGAAGUCUCGACAAACACUGAUAGAAAACAUAUACGAACCCGAGGUUGAACUCAGGGAAAAUUCCAGUCACAGCAUGGAAGGAAUAUAUCUGGGACCAGCUAGUCGGCAUGUCAGCAGUGAAGAUUUUAAAGAGCUGUACAUUAAGCCGAGGGACCUGUACAGACAACACCAUUUGGGCACAGGAAAACCCAUUCCUGUCGACCGUCCAACGCAAAUGAGAAAUUAUUUGGUAUAA